GAUUGUGAUAAGGUAAAGAUAUAUAUGCCACUCGAUCAGAUUGUGAUAAGGUAACCAACUCCAAAGAUACAACAUAUUGAGAGAGUGAGAUGUUUGAACACAUAACAGCAAGUGAAGUGGCUGGUUAUGGAGUGGGCACUCUGCUAUUAUGCGCCACCAUUUCUGCCCCCAAAAUCGAUGCUUUCAUUUCUUCUUCCCAGCGAAGCACCCUGGGAAUGUGCAAAAGAUGCGGGGAUCUGAAGAUGAUAGCAUGCCCAAGUUGUAAUGGAUUUGGAUUAGUUAAAGACGGUGGACCAUUCAAUUUUAUUACUCCAGUCAGUGAUCGUUAUCAGUCAUUUGGGAGUAAAUCGAAGUUAAGAUCCAUAGGAUGUACCAAAUGCAAAGCUAAAGGGUGUUUCGACUGUCCUGAAUGCUCUAAACUUACCCAAGAUUGAUCUUUUUCAUGUCAUGUGUAAAAGUGUGCUCCGAACAAACUUGACUUUGAAAGUGUAUUGUGUUUUCUUACCUCAAAGAUUGUUUUAAAUCUCAGUGUUUUUACAUGGAUGAUCAAAACAGAUAUUUGUUUCCAGCA